AUGCAGGAGGAGGAGGAUCAAAUGAAGAAGAAAAAAGAGGAGACAGAAGGAAGAAAAGACAAAAGGACAAUAAAGGAGAAGCAAUCAGAUGAGGAGGAGGAGAAGGAAAGAGGAAGGAGAAAAAUGAGUUAUAGAAGAGGAAGGAGGAGAACAAAAAUGGAGAAGGAAGAGGAGAAAAUUAAGAUGGAAGGAGAAAAGGGAAAAAGAGAUGAGAAGAGGGAGCAGUGCAAGGAGACAAAGAUAGAAAAAAACACGAGAAAAAGAAGGAAAAGAAAAAGACAGAAUAGGAAUAGAAAAGGAAGAAGAAUGAGUAGAACGAAGAAGAGAUGGACAUGAAGGCAAAAGGA